AUGACGAGCCAAGUACAGGCCCACCAGGAACGCUCUGGUUCUGAGUCCGCCAUUGGACCCAUUGAAAAGGACCGAACUGUCCCAACUACACCCCAGGAGCACUCGCGUUUCUACUUUGAUGACGGGAACCUGGUCUUCUUGAUUGGCGAUCGGCUCUACCGCCUUCACUCGUUCCUAUUUACUGCACACUCUCCAUCAUUUCUAGAGAAACAUUGUUCAAGUAUCCAAGAGUCGACUGAGCUUGAGGUUGAACGACCGUCUUUCGAUCUCUUUCUCGAAGUAUUGUACCACUCACCUUUCGAGCAGUGGAAUAUCAAUUCCAUCGAAAAAUGGAUGAUAGUAUUUCACCUCGCCAGCUCGUGGAAUUUCCCCACAAUCCGUCGUCUCUGCAUCUCCCAAGUCGCCUCCUUAUCCGAGUCAUCCCCAUUGGACCUGAUCACCCUCGCGGAAACCCAUGGCGUCGAAGAUUGGCUCGUACCAGCCUAUGCUACCCUAUGCCUUGCAUCUGUCCCGAUAUCUUCGUUCGAAGCCGAAGAGCGUGGCAUCCACACCGAACAUUACCUCGCCAUCUCCGCCCUCCGAGAAGACAUAGAUCGGGAAUUCCCCCAAGCCUUACGUGACUAUCUGAUCUGUCCUGAAUGUAGGGAUGGGCAGAUGCCGGAGUGUCCGGGGUGUGGGUCUGAUUUACCCGUAAGACUCGAUUUUCCGGAUCAAGACAGAGAGGAGGUUAUGAAGAAGAUCAAGAUAUCUAUCUUCAAUUCGACGAGGGGGAGGAUACCGAGGAAUGAGUAUUCGAGGGACGACCAGGAAGCCUAUGCGUGGUUCUAUGGUGUACAUCCUCAGGGUGACCCUAACUCGGAAUUGAAGCCUACCCCAAAGCCGUAUUAUUGUCAAGCUCGAGACGGUCGCAGUUCGCCGCCCUCGCCGCUGGACGAUGGAGAAGGCAACCAAACGUGA